AUGGAUUCAAGUAAAAAAUUAUGUGUACAACAUAAUAAUACAAACAGUGGUUCAUCAUCUGAUGAAGGUGAUACAACAAAUGAUUCAAAUGGAAAUGAUACAAAACGAAAAAAACGACGAAAUCGUACAACAUUUACAUCAUUUCAACUUGAAGAAAUGGAACGUGUCUUUCAAAAGACUCAUUAUCCAGAUGUUUAUGUACGCGAACAACUUGCUCUUCGAUGUGAUUUGACGGAAGCACGAGUACAGGUUUGGUUUCAAAAUCGACGUGCUAAAUGGCGUAAACGUGAACGAUAUACAAAUGCACCUCAAAUACGUUCAUUAACGGUACCUACAACAAAUCCCUAUGAUAUCUCAUUGAUUUCAGCUGCAAGCAGUCAAUAUCCAUCGUUAGCAGCUAGUAAUGGUUGGUGUUCAUCAUCAACAGCAUCAUUAGGUCAUGUUCCUCUUCGAGAUCAUCAUCAACAACAACAAUCUCAACAACAAACAGGAUCACCAUGUCAAACUCUUUCAUCAUCUCCGUCCAUGAUGAUGUCAAGUGCAAUACCAAAUUUUAUGGGUAUGCCUUAUGCAUUUCCACCACCACCGCCACAACAACAAACAUCUCAUUCAACAAAUAACUUCAAUCCAUGUCCAUAUACUGGAUAUAAUCUUAAUCCUGAUCAUCGAAGUACCUCAAUUGCUGCAUUACGUCUGAAAGCUCGUGAACAUAGUGUAGCACUGGGUGGCAUGUAA